AUGACUUUUACUGGAGUCAGCACCAAGGACGUAAACAGCAUGCCCGACGAUGAGCACGCGGUUCUUACGCUGAGAAAUUUGAUUUUCGACAUCUGCAACCAGAAUGGUGGAGGCCAUGGUGGAUCUGCUAUUGGUAUGGCUGCUAUAGGUGUGGCUUUAUGGAAACACAUCAUGCGGUAUAACCCCUCAAAUCCAGACUGGUUCGAUAGAGACCGAUUUGUGCUUUCCAACGGACAUUGUGCCAUGUUCUUGUAUGCCCUCAACUACUUGACAGGAUUCGAUGCUUGGACAAUGAAUGAGCUAAAGGGCUAUGGUGGCGGGAAGGAAAAUGGCUUCACCACUAUCGCACACGGCCAUCCGGAAAUUGAAUGCCCCGGUAUUGAAGUUACCACUGGCCCAUUGGGACAGGGAAUCGCCAACUCGGUUGGCUUGGCUAUUGCCUCCAAGAACCUAGCAGCCCGGUUUAACAGACCCGGUUAUGAAGUAGUCAGCUCUCGAGUUUACUGCAUGACUGGUGAUGGCUGUUUGAUGGAAGGUGUUGCUCUGGAAGCAAUUUCGUUGGCAGGCCAUCUCCAACUGGACAAUCUGGUGUUAGUCUACGACAACAACAGUGUCACUUGUGAUGGCCCUCUUUCGUGGAUUAAUACCGAGGAUAUCAACCAGAAAAUGCGGGCUUCGGGGUGGCAUGUUCUUGAUGUAAUGGACGGAUGUUAUAACGUUCAAGCCAUUUGCUCAUCUCUGAGAGAUGCCCAAUCCUUAAAAGGGAAGCCCACUUUUAUCAACAUCCGUACCGUCAUUGGUGUUGGUACUAGCACAGCUGGAACAGCGAAAGCACACCAUGGAAGCUUUGACGUUGAAAGUGUUGCGAAGUCCAAGUUGGCGAUUGGACAAGAUCCCUGUGAAAGUCACAAACCCACUGCGCGUGGUUUGAACUACCUCCGCGAACGAAAACAGCACGGAGAAGCCUUGGAAAAGAGUUGGCAACAUUUGCUGAUGAAUUACACCCUCGAGUUCCCCGAUUUGGCAAGCGAUUUUGCCUCUCGACUACGGGGUACGAAGCCAGACUUAGGGUCACUUCUCCAAGAUUUGGAUAGCAGACAGUUCAGCCAAAUGCCAACCAGGGAGUCAAAUGGACUCAUUCUUCAAAAGCUUUGGGAGAUAUGUCCUUCAUUUUGUGGUGGUGGUGCAGACCUGGUCAACUCCAACAAGUUUGUUUACUCGGACACCGAUGUCUUUCACCCCUCAGUCAGCUACCAGGGCCGAUAUAUCAGAUAUGGGAUCAGAGAGCAUGCUAUGGCCUCUAUCUCGAAUGGUCUUGCAGCGUUCAACCCGGGAACCUUUUUGCCAGUCACCGCAACAUUUUUGAUGUUCUACAUCUAUGCAGCACCUGGAGUGCGCAUGGGAGCUCUUAGUCAUCUUCCAACUAUUCAUAUCGCAACUCAUGACUCGUUCGCCGAGGGCCAGAAUGGGCCUACUCAUCAGCCAGUGGAGCUUGACUCCUUAUAUAGGGCCAUGCCAAAUCUCACAUACAUCCGGCCAUCUGAUGCCGAAGAGGUGAUCGGCGCUUGGAUGUGGGCCGUUGAAUCCGCAAGCAGUCCAACGAUGAUUUCUGUUGGUCGUGAUCCAGCCGACCAACCAGCAAUUACAAGCAGAUUUAACGUAUCCAAGGGAGCAUACGUACUUCAGGAGCAUCCAGACGCCCAGCUGACACUAGUCAGCUGUGGUACGAGUUUGCACUACACCAUUCGUGCUGCAAACGAGCUGAGUGAGCAAAUUUCGAUUCGUUGCCGGAUUGUCAGUGCUCCUAGCUUAGAUCUGUUUGAUCAGCAGCCCGCAAAAUACAGAGAGUCUGUUUUCCCCCUUGAUGGUAACCCCAUCAUCAGUGUGGAGGAAUAUGUGGCCACCACGUGGGCACGUUAUGUUACAGCCAGUGUGGGCAUGACAUCCUACGGUUACUCUGCGUCUAGCCCGAGCAACUACGAGCGCUUCGGAUUGGAUACGCGCGGAAUUGUCUUUCGAGUUAAGAGAUACCUCACGUUCUUGAACGGCCGCAGUGCAAGACAGAUGGGUUGGCAAUCAAUCUAA